AUGGGUUUCAGCAAUCCAGUGAUGCACCUUCCUCAUAGUGAGACUGCUGAGCAGAUUCCGGCGGACGAAUUUCGCUCGGAUAUGAAGGGAAGCGAGUGUGCUAUUUGUAUGGUGGAUUUCGAACCCGGGGAGAAAGUGAGGUUCCUGCCGUGUAUGCAUUCCUUCCAUCAAACUUGUGUAGAUGAUUGGUUGAUGAGAUCUUUCACAUGCCCGUCAUGUCUGGAGCCGGUGGAUUCAACAAUUCUGUCUUCGCUCACAGCACACACUCAGCAAUCCCUUCAAGACCUCGCCUGUUCACCUGCCACCCAAGGAACAUCUUGA